AUGCCCCACAGAGCACGUGCUAAAAGGCGAAAGCUUGCGGCCUCCCCACCGUCUCUGGGUGCUAAAAUCGUGACUGAAGACAUAGCAGGUGCCAGCGUAUGUUCUUCGCCGUCUGCAGAUCACAUUAACUCACAAAUCACUUUAGUACAUGUAGAACCUCUCGACCCUUCAGUCGUCCAAAAAUACGCCUCUGCUAGUCGUAGCAGGCCAUCAGCUGGCGAAAUAAUCGAUCAGCUGAUUUAUGGAGACAUAAACAGCACUUCUGAAAAAGUGCUUGAACAAGCUUUUAAACUUAUUGGGGUAAUAAGUUCGGAAACUGAGAAACGAAUUAAACGCAAGCAUAAUUUCGUACUGCGAAACAUUCUGAGCCACUUCUCUGCUAUGGAGGGAGCGCAUUUGUUCCUACAAAGUUGUGGCUUGAGUUUCAGUGUCGCACAAGCUAAGCGACUUCGCUCGCUUAGUCGUAAUGCGCCGAUACUAGUUACCCUUUUCUCCAUGAUAGAAGUCGAUUUUAUCUUGUCAAGUAGGGAGAUGACUAGAAACUUCUGCCGUAACUGGCGCUGCUCCGUUUCGCCAGACCUCACACCCCGGCAGCGAAGACUGAAUAAACUAAAAUCGGCAAAAACCAACACCAAGAUAAUGACACCUACUGUCAGUCUGAAUAUGUCCUCUACAACACCACCUGCGGCAUCUGCAAGUCACGGCAUAGUCAAUUCCGUAGGGUGUUCGACUACUUUUAAUGCUGACCUCUUUAAACACACCACCACGCCUGGUAUAAACACGCCUCUAUCGACUCCCUCAGCAACCCCUAGUAAGCCUAAGCAUGUGUCUAAGUCAAAGGCAAAUCCAAUUGUUGUCUCAGCCACUCGGACACCCAAUAAAUCCAGCACCAUUAUAAAAUCUUUUCCUCCACAAUCGGCGAACAGUGCCUCAAAUACCCCGACUCAAAACGUAGCGGGUUCGCAACUGCCCCCCAGCCCUCAUAUCAAGGCCGUUAGGCCGAAUAUGCCGAUUUUCCCACCGUUUAAUAGACCUCUUAUUCCAAUGGAAGCAAUGCGUUUCGCACCCCCUAACUUGUUUCCUCCACGGUCGUUUUACCAAUUUAUUUCUCAUGAUAAUGUCCAUACUGAAUCAGUUAAUUCAUCCGAUCCUCAGUUUCGUUCCGGCGGGAAUACGCUGCAGUAUCUGCCCCGCGGAUUUCCAGCUGAAAAUAAGUUGGCUAACAAUAGUUACCAGUUUACCUGCCCGUCAUUCCCUCCCCCAAGUCCUACCCCUUUUUAUCCACGUCAGAAUUUUUUGAUGUCACAAAAUUUUUUCCAGAACCGGAUGGUUGCAUCCGGACCGUUUGCUCCGUGGGCAGCCCAGAACUGGACGAUGUAGCCCACCUCCCUCAAAAACUAACAGCCUUUCCCUUCAAACUUUUUGUUUUAAAUGCCAGAUCCUUGCCUAAUAAGAUGCCUUUGCUUCAUACUCAGGUGUUCGUCCAUUGUCCUGAUAUUGUUUUAGUAACUGGGACGUGGGCAUCAGCCUCAGUAGCUGACUCUGAACUCUCUCUUCUAGGCUACAAUUGCAUCCGAAAUGAUCGCCUAGAUAGCCGUGGUGGGGGCAGCUGCGUCUACGUUAAGAAAACACUUACAUUUUUGCCGUUGGACCUUCCGCACUUUUCAGCAGUAGAAGGCAGCUGCUGGCUCCAGAUUGCACUAAAAAAUAGGGUCUCAUUACUCGUUGGCUGCGUCUAUCGCCCUCCCAACGCCAACAACAAUUUUGAUCGUUUACUCUCACCAUCCAGUCAUUAACCGGGGCAGUUCUAGAAACUAUAAGUUUCACUCUGUGGGAUGUGACUGUUGCGAUUCGGCGUUUUCGUCAAUCUUAUAGUCCAGGCCCUGAUGGUGUCCCUGUAAGCAUUUUAAAAGCCGAUGCAAACACGAUUUUCCCAUCCCUCCUAUGCAAGAUAUUUAAUCUCGCUCUUGAAAGUGAAACUUAUCCUACCUUGUGGAAGGAAUCACACAUUUUGCCCAUUCCUAAGCACGGCAAAUCUACAUCAUUUGAUGACUUUCGGCUAAUAAACACCGCCCCUGCAGUUUCGAAGAUCUUAGAGACAUUGAUCAAAGAUAAGAUGAUGUGUCACUUAACAGCGAAUAACUUACUGAGUGUUGCUCAGCGUGGAUUCCUCAAAGCUCGGUCUUGUGACACCCGUCAACUCUCUUUCUCUGACUAUGUACUCCAAUCUAGGGACCAUGGUUUUGCUCUUUACACAGUAUAUUUCGAUUUCACUAAGGCUUUUGACCGUGUUGACCAUGCUCUUCUUCUCUUGAUAUUGUCCUCUUUCGGAAUAGGUGGCAAACUUUUGAAUUUUAUAUCCUCUUAUUUGGGCACUCGCACACAACGAGUUAAGAUUUCCAAUACCAUCUCCAACCCCACACGUGUGAGGAGUGGAGUAAUUCAUGGUAGUGUAAUCCGCCCGCUUUUAUUUUGCCUUUUUGUUAACGAUGUACCCGGUGUAUUUCAGAACGGCAAGCCCUUCAUGUAUGCCCAUGAGCUAAAAGUUGCAUAUCAAUAUAAGCCGGCAGAUCAUGACAUCGUGCUUGAGCUCCUAUAGAGCGAUCUACAGGCUUUCGCCCGGUGGUGCCGCACAUGGCGCCUUUCUCUUUCUUGGCAUUAGUGCUCAGUCAUGGUGGUUGGCGACGACCGCCAACCUCAACUAAGUAUUGAAGGUCACGCAAUAAAUGUGCCAGGGGUUAUAAAGGAUUUGGGCGUAUCAUACUCCAAGAGUCUUAAUCUCUCGGAGCACUGUGCCUUGAUAGUCUCCAAAGCACAUAGAACGACCGGGUUUAUCCUCCGAAAUUUUAAAACUAGGGACAUUAGAAUGCGCCUUUUCAACAUGUACGUUAGACCUGGCCUGGAAUACUGUUCAUUUUCAUUUAGCCUCAUGCGUGCUACUGAGCGGAAGAAAAUAGAAUCCGUUCACCACUUUUUUACCAAGACAAUUUUAACCCCGGAACACCGACAUUUGUCUUACCAAGAACGUUGCCGGCUUACAGGCCUCGAUCCUUUAUGGUUCCGUAGAUUACAAAAGGGACUAUUAUUGCUAUUUAAUCUUUUAUAUAAUCGCAACUUUAACCCACACAUUACUGUAAGACAUCAUGUUCACCCCCAACGUAACAGUCACCGUGACGUCUUUUUAUUUCUGCCUCUGGCACGUACUGUUAAAUAUCGUCGGUUCUUUUCUGUAAAUGCAAUUGCUAUUUGGAAUAAACUACCCAGGAGUGUGAAAACUCGGCCAAAUUAUCCUUUAUUUAAGAGAACUAUUACUCGAUUUUUGCAUUCAGAAAAGCCUCCACAAAUUUUCGGUGCUGAAUCCACUGAUCGACUUUACCGUAACGAUGGCGUUUCUGGUCUCUGACCACUAUGGCCGGUCUCACCAGCUGUUCAUCAACGCCUCUACUUUGGCUAUCCCCAGCUUCAUGAAAGGAAUUUGACGUCCGAUAAUCUCCGAUACCGUGCAACCUCCCCCCUUCUUGACGGUCGAUAUUCUACCACCGCCGGCAGUUUUUUCUCCUGAGCCCUCCAAACCAUAAAAUCCACCAUCAACUAUAUUUUUAUCCCUUAAGCUCAGGAGUUUUUUUCACUGCCGGUCGGAUUUAUGUUUAAUCGCUUCCCUUGACAAUGCCUGUAAACUGGCAUUAAGUAAAAAAAUUUAUUUAUUUAUUUAUGGGCGUUUGGCCUUUGCACACGUCAGGGGUACUGUACAACUCGCAGGCACUGCAGCUGGAAUACCAGAACAACAUACGUCUCUGUCCCCUUCACACUUUUGCUCCUCCCUGUCAAUCUGCAAAUCAUGUGUAUGGAUCUCUAUGAACCCAGAACUCUCUUUAGAAAGCACGUCUUCAUAUAGGUUCCACCUACCCUCUGCACGGUUCUGUUAACAAUGGUUUUUCAGAUCCAGGAAGACAGUAAUGUUGCCAUUGGUCGCAUCCAACUAAUUCCUACGGUCGUGUUAAGUUUUGGUCUUAGCGAAUUAUGUGUGAAUAUAGGUAUGCCCAUUGCGUUUAUUUCGCACCAUUCAUUUGCUUGUUUGGACAUCGUCGCUUCCCUCCGUUUACUUAUUUACUUAUUUACAUGUCCAUGUCUUAAAUUUUCUGCCACCUGUUGACCGCUAAAGUAGAUACGGCAUUUGAAGUGGAAUUCUUUCUACCGAAAGCCGUUGAAAGCCAAGAAAUAGUUGGGAAAUCAAGAGACUUUAUUAAAAUGUCAACUUAGUGGGCUUUGAGACCGUUAAAACAUUUGUUUGAUCUAUUAGCAAACACCGCCAACUUGAAUGCCAGAUCGCAGGCAGUAGACGACCAAUUAUAUUGUAGUUCGUAUCUGACGCAUAUUUUCCCGUCCUUAUCCUUUUCCAGAUGUCGGGCUUAAACAUUUUGUCUCAAAGCGUGGACGACUUCUUUUUUAGCUGCAAAGGUUUGAUGAGUUGUUUGAAUCUUAUUUUCAAACAGAAAGCUCCGAGAACGAUGAAAAAAAUCGACCUAUAGAUUUCUUUGCUGCAGUUAGGCUGCAGGCCGCUUACAGGGGUUAUGUUGUUAGAAAAACCUUGAAGUAGGGCUUGCGAAAUAUUAUUUUUAGAAAACUAAACCAGAACGUAGUGAAGAUACAGAGUGCAUGGAGGGGAUUCAAGGCAACGGAAAUUUACCGGCAGAAACUUUUGGAGUCUGUUCGUGAGAUGAAUCACGUUUUUUACAACAAAGCAGCGACUGUGGUAAUUUACUGUUUUACUGUGAAAGUCAGAUUCAAAAACACUGGCGCGGCUAUUUUUCUCGCAAACAUAAUGGCGAUUUCUACAAACGAAAGCAAUAUUUGGAUGGAGUGCUCAAGGCAUCCUUGAGACUGAAGUAAACGAAGUUGCAGUAUGAGUGAAAACAUUUCAGUGAAAUAACGAAAGCGGAAUGUCAAUCCAAGGAGUCGACCACAAGUCUAGCAGAGUUUGAGCAGAAAAAGCGGCUUGUAGAAAAUUGGGCAAUUAAAAACCAUCAUCUAAUAUCGACGUACUCUCAGCCCGGCGCAUACAAAGUCAAAGGGUAAUUUUGCGCUUCUCGUCUCCCACGAAAUAAAUCACCGUUACUUCUGUUUUGUCCUAUCUCAUUAUAAUCAAAACGUAGUCAACAGCACUAAAGAUCUUUAAUUUCGUUGACGACUCAAGUUUGAUGAAAAUGAUCUUAUAAAUUGGGCUUGAAGUUCUGAGUAUUUCGAGUUUACUGGACGUAAUGGUCCCUCCAACAAUUUGUAUUGCUAUUUGUUGCUUAGUGAUGACCCAAAUAAAGUAAUUUGUUCACAGAUAUGAAGAGGUUGACAGCGUUCUGUUGCCAUCAGUUAACAUUCUGAGGACGUCUCAGACGGGAAGUCACCAAACGAAAUCUCAAGUCUGCGAAUCACAAGAGGUAAAACUACAGAGGAAACUCCAGGGCCCAUUUCGUUCAGCAGCCGAUGUUGCCAGCCAGCGACAGAAAACAUUAUCACCAACUCUCCGCGUAAUGACGGACUUUUAUUCAACAAAAAAGGCGUCUGAGAAGGACCGGUUACAGAGCUGGAUUCAUCGCUUAAAUGACAAAAGGUAUGAAAAUAAGCUAGAUUCAUUUGUAGAUAUUUAGGAUAUCUUUCUUUAAUCUGGAGAAUAGAGGAGUGUAGAAGCAAAAAGUGCUAUUGUUCUUACCUUAAUAUUAAAAAUAUGACCAAACCUGUCGAACUUCAAAAUCCCCUUGCAUAUUUACCUUUUACUCCCACGUAUUAUACGCUGAGUUUAAUAUGCGUCUAGAUUUUAUUAACUCUUGCGAUUAAAUGUGUCAACACACAACUUUCAGCUUCACAUUUGAUCGACCGAGACCUCUGGCAUACGCGAAGGUCAUAACGGCUGAGGGUAACUACUGUCCGCCUGCUUAUGGCCGAAUUCAUUUUCGGUCGGCUAUUGACUCCGAUAAAAAGGAUAAGAAAUUAUCGACUGCUUUCAAUACAACUCUACCACCGAUUCCAAUAUUCUCGCGAUUGGGCAAAGAAUAUUUUCCUCGCUAUGUAAUGUUCUGAAAGUUUAGCAUGUUGUUUCUCUGCCUCUUAUGUCCAUUUAUAUGUUCUUUACUAGACCGUGCAGUGUUUGUUAAGAAUGAAAAGUAUUAAAUAAAAAUAUCUUACAAACGGACGACGUAGGGCUUUUUAAAGGUACCUGUUCACAACUUUUAUAUCAGAGCUAAUGAUCAGAAUCCACCGGAGCGAACAACUGAGAGCGAAGUGAGCGUCAAGUACUUAAUCCAUCUACGAUCCCUGUCCAACGAUGUUUUCUGUUUAUUUCUGUAACGGAAUUUUUGCGUUAGGUUUUGAGGUAUAUUUUAUGAAAAGAGCAUUUGGUUUCGAGGUUAAACAGACGAAAUAGCAAAACUUUUGUUGGAGCAACGCUGCACGGCAGGCUGUUGACUUAUUUGCAAAGAAUAUGAUAAUUUCAUCUAUAGAACCACUGCACUUCUUCCCCACCAUCGUCAUCAUCAUCGUCGUCGUCAUCGUCAUCAUCAUCACUUUCUUCUUCUUCUUCUUCUUCUUCUUCUUCUUCUUCAGAUGUGCAGAUUGA